GUAAUCUUGUCAUCUAAAUUUAGUAUAAUUUCAGUAUAUUUGGUAUCAGCAAAACAGAAGUGGUCACCACCACACUACAACCGGUUACUCACCGUCGCAUCAUUAUAGUAGCUUACUGACUGACGUUACGCACAAACUAAAGUCCAACCGAAAAGUAACCCUUGUUGUCUGAGGCACACGUUUCAAUAUAUAUCGAGGUGCGGCCUCGCUUAUAAGUUAGUCAGUUUCUCGUUUCACAUGAUAAUUGCUUAGUGUAUUACGGGACACGGUCGAGGACACAAUGCGGAUAGUUUUGUUUUUAUUUUGCCUCGUAACAUCGUGUUAUUGUGAUGUGGAAUUCAGUGAGCGGCCUCGGAACUUUAGCAUAGAGUUAGUGCAUUACACCCAAUUGGCGAAGAACGGUCAUGUAGUCAUUUCACCUUUCGGAAUAUGGACGCUGAUGACAGGUGUGGCUCUGGGAGCUACGGGAGAGAGCUACAAUCAAUUGGCACACGCGUUCCUCCUUCCAAAAGACAGGAAUGCACUCAUCAAAGGAUACAGGGACCUAACUUCAGAUGUUUUGAACCCAACGACGAAAGGAGUCACUUUGUCGAGCACGAAUUUCGUCUUUCUAGACAAUGACUUCAAAGUGUUUCCUGAAUUCUCCCGGACAUUGGUAUCGGACUUCAAGGCGACUGUAGACGUGCUAGACUUUCAAAAUCCAAACUCAGCGGAGAUGGCCAACAACAAAAUCCAAAGAACGAGUGGUAAUGUCAAAAAUGUUUUACGUUCCGACGACUUUGCGGAGUCACGAAUGAUAUUGGCUAACGUGAUUUCGUUUAGAGGUCUGUGGGCGAUGCCUUUCAACAAAUCUAAUACGAAAGAGGAGGUAUUUUACGACGAAGCGAAAAACCCUAUAGGCCGUGUGAAUAUGAUGAACCAGAAAUCAAUUUUCCCGUUCUCAAAUGUUAGAGCAAUGAAAUGUUUCGCAUUAGAGUUGCCUUAUGGCGACGAUAAGAAGUAUGCCAUGUUAUUCUUGUUGCCAUAUCAGGGAGUGAAAGUUACCGAAGCAUACCAGAACUUGGCAAAUGUAAGCUUGAAGGAUAUAUUUAAGCAACUUGAAGAAGACGUGGAAGAAUUUGGCGAUGAGGAAAUAGACGUAAAAAUACCUAGAUUUCACAUCACUACGAAUGUUGUUAUGAAUAAACCUCUAAAUAACAUGGGCGUUUACGAUAUUUUCCAACCAGACAAAGCAAAGUUCGAUAGAAUAACUAAUGAGGAUAUAUUUGUGUCGGCAAUCGUGCACAAAGCUGAUAUUGAGGUGUCGGAAGCAGGGACGGUUGCGAGCGCAACAACAGAAGCGUAUUUCGCUGAUAGAAUAUCGCCGCCUAGCUUUUACGCCAACAGGCCUUUUAUAUAUUUUCUUAUGGAGAAGACAACAAUGACAAUGAUAUUUGGUGGAAUAUUUUCAAAACCCACGCUAUUCUAACCAAAUAGAAUAAGGAUAGCUAAUCAAUUAUAUAAAGAGCUUCUAUUUAAUUCGUUAUAAGACUGCUUUUGGUGUGACGAAAACGUGUGUUGUGUGCGAUAUGAUUUUGUUGUUUUAUUUUCCUCUUAUUCUUAUUGUUGGCUAAUUAUAUUUUAAUGAUCUUUUAAAUGCUAAUAUUUAUUAUUACGUACCUUUUUCAAUAAGAGUUUGCUGUUUAAAUAUGUACCCAAUUUAUUUUCAUUUUUUAUGUAAGAAGAUAACUUUUUGAAUGUACUAGAUCUAUAUAAACAUUAUACAUCACACAAUUUAAAACUUUUGACAUUUCCGAGAUAAGUAGGUACUUGAAUAAAAAAUGUUUGACAAUACUGUUUAGAACAAAAGUUAAUUCACUAUAUAGUCACCGGCCUUGCAAUUACAUCAUUGUUUGUAAUAUUCAAAUACCAGAUAGAAACCAGCUUCCAUUUAUGAUCCAUAAAUUACGAAUUUGUUAUUUUAUUGUUUUAGAACACCCAACAAAAACAUCUAAAUUGUAAUACAGCUCAUCACACGUUUUUGACAUUUCAACGUGGUAUCAUCGAAGUAUCAUAAAUAAAGGCUGCCACGAAAUGCCAAAGUGUGUAGUAGUGACCAAAUUACCAAACUAAUAAUAUAAAUUGUUUUAAACUUUCAUGGUCACUUACAUUAUAGCUACUAACGGGAUUGUUACCAUAUAGUGAUGUAACGAAAAUUCGCAUUCGCAUUCGCGAAAUCGCUGCGAAAGUUUUGCAAAUAUGAAUAAUUAGAAAAACAGCAAUUUGAAGAAGUUGUAGUUUUUCCUUUCCUUGAAUAUUUAUUGUUACACAGCUUGCAUUUAGCUCGUUCUGCAAUGCAAAGUGUGAAAUAGGUCCAUAUUUCACUAAUUAGAAUUUGAUCCACUCAUGUUAAUAAAUCACUAGUUAAAGUCUAACCUCAAAAGUACUUGUUUUGUUUACGAAAAGAACGGCGCGAGGGGAAUGACAUUUCAGCCGGAUGAGUUCUAUCAACUCGGCAAUUCGAACGAGACUGCCACCAUGCCAUAGACAAUUGGUGCCAAUUUUGAAAAAUAUACUAAACAUUCGCAUCCGCGAAUGUCGGUACCAGACAAUCGCAUCCGUAUCCGUAUUCGCGAAUGUAAAAAAAAUUACAUUACAUCACUAUUACCAUGUACCUCGUUUUUCAAAUAUUGUUCUAAAUUUUUGAAAUGCUUUUGUUGAAAUAUCGGAGACUCAUAAAAAACAAGGUACAUGGUAACAAUCCCAUAGAUAGCUAUAAUCUUUAUAUAUAUAAUUCUUCUGUGAGUGUGUAUGUCACUGAACUUCUCUUAAACGACUGGACCGAUUUUGAUGAAAUUUUUUGUGUGUGUUCAAGGGGAUCUGAGAAUGGUUUAGAUUCACAAUUUUGUUCGCUGGACAACCCCUAUUUUUUUAGGGCGGUACGAAGUUCGCUGGGUCAGCUAGUAAUAUUAUAUAAUCGAAAACUUGUCUGUCGCUGCACCGCUUUAAACGAAAUUUGGUAAAGAGGUAGUUCGAGUCCCAGGAAGGACUAAUAAUGGUUUUUAUUCCAGAAAUCACCCUAUAACGUGGUUAUUUUUUCACGUCGACUAAGUCACGGGCACCCUUAUAAAAUAUAAAUAAUUUUCAGAAACAUAUUUUUGUCACUAAUAUUAAUAAGGCAUAUCUAUCUCAUUAUUCACAAAAUAAAAAAAUAACUUCCUUUAUCUAUUGCUUAACAAGUAAAAGUAAGAAUAAGAGAAAUUGAAUUUUGAUAGCAUUUCUAUUGUUUGAAAAUGGCGCGUUCGUCCGCCAUUAUUAUUACCUACCUACUGGGACGUUGGAAUAUCGACAGAAUCAAAAAUUCGUUUUAUAUACCAGCCCUUUGUAUCUACCUAUCUAAUUCUAAAAUAUGAAAUUCUCGUAUAACAGUGUUUGUAACGAAACUCCUCCGAAACGGCCUGACUGAUUCUUAUGAAUUUUUGUGUGUAUAGUCAGUAGGUCUGAGAAUAAGACGUCAACUAUUUUUCAUACAAACGAUAUCGUUAUUUAUGCCCUUCUACCACCAACCCUUAUUUUAUGGCAAUACGAAGUUCGGUGGGUCAGCUAUAUAAAUCUUGUGUUUACAAUAGUUUGUUGACGUUUCUCCGAAAUGGAUUCACAAAUUUUUAUGACAUUUUUGUGUAAGUAUUUGUAAUUUUAAGUUCUGAGAAUGGGUCGCAGACUAUUUUUAUAUAGGCGAUAGGUCUGAGAGUGGGGUGUAGGUAGGCUAUAUUUUUCCCUGUCGUGGAGUGCGGUUAUUUUCCAUCAGAAGUCGCAUAGUCAUGGGCACAGCUAGUUUUAUUAUAUUAAUAGAUUUAAGUAAAUAAUCGUAUCGAUGAAGUGCUUAGGAAUCUAUUUUAUUAGGGUUCCCAAUUAGCGUAACGAAAUAAAAACCAUCCGUCGCUUCAGUCCGCCGCCGUAAAUUGUUGCAUUUCAUAUUAACAACUUGUGGUACUUUGGAAUAUAACAACUUUACGUACGUAGAUGGAUGACAUGGUUGUUUUGGUGAACUGAAGAGCUGCUUUCUUUAGGUUCUACUCUUUGUAAACGAUAUUAGGCGCGAAAUCAUGUGGAACAUUAAAUAUAGAUUGCUGGGGUUAUUUGCACCCAAAAGAGCUUCAUAUUUUUUUGGCUAUGGAAAAAGUAACAAAUGCCAACCAGCUGUGCUUUUCUGUAAAAUUUUCAAGCGCGGGUCCGAUGUGGAUCCGCGCGGUCUGCAUAUAAAUCCGCGCGGUUCCACAUCGGACCCGCGCGUGAAAAUUAAAGAAUAGCACUGCUCAGGUACAUUCCCACAGAAAAUAAAGUCCUUUCCCCUCAUGAUCAUAAAUGCGCGCUUUGUACAUAAUAUUUUUUAUUUUAGGGAGGUUUUCAGCUUUUCAUCACUUAUUAAAAAACAAAUAACAUUAUCUAACAGUCAAUUAAAAACCUCCACAUUUUAAAAUUUAGAUUUUAAAAUCAAUUUAGACUUCUCCUAAGAUAUUCAUUGAAAUCAAAUAUAGUACAUUUUUGUAAAAAUUCAAUGCUUGUGAUGAAUAAUAUUAUUAAGUAUUUUGAUAAAGUUUGAUAUAAAGUUUAUUAAAUCAUCUUCGCAAAUAGUGCAUUAUUUCAGAACAAAGAUGAGGUAGGUAGCCACCAUAAAAAGAUUAUAUAGUGUGUCAACCUUAAAAGUUAGACAUAGUGGUCUUUUUUGAGAACUUUCAAAGGAGAACAAUUUAUUCAUAUCUGAUUUUUGUGUAACUUAAAUCUUUUACGUAGCGCACGCAACGAAAGCUCUGAAAAGGAAUAUUUUUUCCGCGAUUUAAAUGUGAAAGUGUGUUUGUCUGUCUGUCUAUCUGAUACCUGUUUAUGGCCAAUCGAGACGAAAUUUGAAUAGAAAAGUUUGACACCCGGGAAAGGACAUAGGAUAUUUUUUAUCACAGAAAUAAUCCUUGAGAGGGUGAAAGGGGAUGAAAGUUUGUAUGGGAAACCUAUAGUCAUUCCACACUGACGAAUUCGCGGGCGACCUAAAAAUGCGAAAGUGUACCUGUCUCUCUCUUAUCUCUUCACGCUUAAACCGCUAAAACGAAUUAGAUGAAAUUAUAUAGAGAUUGUUUGAAUCCCGGGAAAGGACAAAGGGUAGAUUUUAUCCCAAAGGAGAUAUUUUAAGGGGAUAAAAUGGGGUGAAAAUUUGUUUGGGAAACUAAUUUCUCCACACGAUGAGUCCGCUAUGAGUAAUAUUACCUUUAUUACUAAGUACACUUUAAAUUUUACAGAAUGUGUAUUUACUAUUUCCACAUUAAACCUUCCUUUAACCUUAUUAAAAUGGUUUAUUACUCUACUAGCGGCCGCCCGCGACUACGUCCGCGUUAACUUCAGUUUUUUGAGAAUCCCUGAGAAACCUCACAUUUUCCGGGAUUAAAAUUAUCCUUUGUCUGAAUCCAUGUCAAUUGGACAUUUUGUCUCAGAUAUAUUUGUGCGGCGAAUGGAGCGGAACACGAGUGUUAGACAAAAUGUUUGUCUUACUCAUAUUCAUUUUAAGGCCCACUUAUUGAGAAGCUCUGCUGAGGUCGUUGAGCAUUGUUUUGAAGUACUCCAAAGUGACUGCCAUAACGAUUAGGCUAUCAUCGGCAAAUCGAAGGUGAGUGGUGUACUCGACGUUGAGGUUGAUGCCAAAUCCACUCCAAUCCAGAAGCUAAAAGACGUCUUCUAACGCAGCGGUUAACGGUUUUUGGGGGUUCACAUCUCCCUGUCAAUAUUAUAGAUUAGGUAAGUUGGUAGGUACCUACUUAACUAAGUAACAAUGUGGGUAUCAUUUAGUCCAACCUGUGUGGAUUUCAUGCAUAAGCUCAUUUAUAUAAAUAGGGUAAGUGCCACGUAAAAACCAACAUAAUACGAUCAUAAAUUCUGCUAACAAAAAAAUAGUUACUAAGUAGUUUUUCGAUUCAGUGGUCACAGCCCACAGUCCAUUACCACCUUCAAUUAACAUCUUUAAAUGAAGGAAACAAAACAAAACCCACACAGCACACAAUGACAAAAAUAACACAAAGAAAUCGCAAAAAGUUAACCUUGUCAUCGCAUCGUAUCAUUAAAGCAUAAUCAUUAUAUCACGUAGAAUGAUUGUCACAUAUUUAAAACAAACGCUCAAGAAUUCCGGACAUCAAAAGCGUAUCCAAAGAUUCUAAAGCAUUGGUAUACAAAAUAGAUAACUAUAGUAUUUAAAUUUUAAUGUUACUUCUUUAAUAGGUAGGAACAAAUUAAAAAAAAACAAACAAAGUUUGAAUGAACAGUUACCUAUUAUAAUUUUUGUUUCUCUAGUACAGACAGGAGCGCUCACAGUGGUCCUAAGUGGUCCGAGAAUGUCCGAGAUAUCGUGUCCGUGGGUCCGUAAGCGAUCUCUAUAUGUGCGUUGCUCAAGUGCACAUGUAGAUUACGUUCUGUACUAUAUAUUUUGUGGUUGGUACCUACAAUGCUAUCUAAUGUUCUUAUCAAGUGCUUGUCCAGAGCAAUGACCUAUGUCAAGAGGCAAUUGAAUUAGAUACCUACAAGUGGUUAUAUAAAGCAAUUUGUGAGAUACGAGUAUUUGCAUCACAUUUUGCAUCUGUUUAUUAGAUCUGAACUGUUUUAGUAUUAUGGCAAUAAAAAAUUGUUUUCUAAUGUCUUCACAGUAUCUUAAUUUUGAGAUACCUACUCAGUCAACUAUAAUUUUAACCUCGACCAUGAUGAUGUGAUAUUCUUAGAAAAAAUACAGUAGACCUCAAAAAAAAACAUUUUUUUUUUCACAAGUAGGUAUCGCGAAUAAUUUUAAGAAGUUAUGAAACACUUUUACCACGUCACAUUUUUUUUGUUAUAUCAUUACUAUGUCAUGCGACUUUUCAAAUCAAUAUAUCUCUGCAAUGUUUAUAUAAUGUGAAAAAAGAAAAAAUACGUGUCCAAUACUUUUUGAUAAUGUACCUGAUAAGCGAAGAAAAAAAAAUAGUCAUCAUCCCUGUUCC